AUGGCUGACGUCCACGUGCUCAGUCCGUCAAAUUCCGUGGUGUUGCCGGGGUCGGCUUCUGCCCUAGCGGUGAAGUCACUCCAGAAAUACACAAGCGUAAGGUCUUUGGUGUGUUCUUUUUUCGAACGAGCUAACAACGAACGGGACGCUGACAGAGCCACCGUGGUUGUGUUGGAUGAGUUUUCCAAGACAAGUGAUCCUUUGGACGCUCUCAGUGGUGCUGAUAAGGUGUUGCUUUUUCGAUACUUCUUCAGUCACUUGAACUUAAUAGCAGUCGAGAUGAAGUCACUUAAUGAAGGCGUCGUUCUCAAUCUCAACUCGAUCAUCUCCAGCACGAAUUCAUUGGCUGGCCACAGAAUAUCCAGAAUCGAGUUGUGGACAGGCACCGCACCACAGUUGAUUAAUGACGUUUAUUUGGACGAUGAAUCGUCCCCUCCUGGCGUUACAAAUGCCGUCAACACCAUGUCUUCGGCGCUCUGCGUCAGCUCGUGCAAAUCCACGUCGACCGGGAUUCGCAUACGCAAGCUUUUACGCCUAUUGCAUGAGAAUAUAGACACUUUCAAGCUACUUCUGAAAACAGAUAGCGAGCAUCUUUCACGACUCACACAUUUGGUGGGCCAUUGGUCUUUCCCAUCCCACGAACUCUCCAUCGACGACUUAUCCUAUUGUGCGUUUUUGAUGCUUGAAUUUGCUUUCCGCUACAUUAAAGAAUUGGCCAUGUGGUCCACGUUUCCAAUGCCCUCCGCAAACGAGCUCAUGAUGUUUGUAUUCUUGGUGAGAGAUAAUUAUCAGCAUGGUAACCCAUUCCACAAUUUCCGUCACGCAGUGGACGUGAUGCAAGCAUGUUUCCAUUACCUCAUAAGACUUAGGUGUUUACCUAAAUUCUCGCAGUUUAAAAACGAUCCCAGAGAGAAUGAGCUCACCACAUUAUCUGAAGAUUUUUCUCUGAAAAAGCAGUCCACUCUACUCGAGAUGGUGUUUCCUUUGGCACCUGUUCAACCAGAAGGUGAAGCUCUUGUACCGCAUUUAAAUCCAAUACAGUCUCUUGGGUUACUUCUCGCAGCUAUUGGCCACGAUUUGGGCCACCCAGGCGUAACCAACGCCUUUUUGAUUAAUCAUGAAGCUUCCACUUCUCAAAUUUACAAUGAAAGAUCGGUACUAGAACUGUACCAUACUUCGGUCUUCAUUAACAGAAUCUUCUGCAUUUGUUUCCCAGGACUAUUAGCAUAUGUGACUGACUUCAACUCGAAGUUGACACUUAAAAAUCUCAUCAUUGGCAGCAUAUUAGCGACAGAUAUGGCAGAGCAUUUUGAAUACGUUGACAAACUUAAAAAAUUCAAAUUUUCCACUUCUGACCCGUUGGACAACAAAGUGAAACUCAUCUCGUCGUUGUUGAUCAAAUGUGCCGAUAUAUCAAACGUAACGAGACCUUUGCGAGUCUCCUCACAGUGGGCGUUAGUAUUGUCGCGAGAGUUUUCGGAGAUCGAAACAUUAGAAAAGAAAUUAGCCAACGAGAAGGUUGAACUCGAUGUUCAAUACGAAAAGGUUCCUACCUUUGUCGACGACGUCUUGAAGGUGAAUCCAGAUUUGCAUAAAGGACAACUUUUUUUCAUCAAAACAUUCGCCGAGGGCCUCUUCAAUAGCAUUCUGGAUUUGUUACCGGAAUUAAAGUACACAAGCGACAUAGCAUCGGAAAAUAAGAAGUUUUGGCUCGAGAGAGAGGCGAGCUUCAAUAUUUGA